CCUACGAUCGCAGUAGACAGUCUCCGGCUGUGCGGUGCCGCGGUACGACCAGACACUGACCCUUACUACUUGCCGAGUUCCUCGCGAUCAACGUGGGAAAACGUAAAAGUUCGAGGAGGAGGGAAAAAAGAAAAAAACACGGAAGGGAGGGAAACAAAAAAUACGUUUCGAACAGAUUUCAACCCCGCAAUUAAUGACGCGAGAAACGAAUCGAGUAACGAAAAAGGAAAUCGAGUAAAAGAAAAAAAACAAAAAAGUAGAAACAGCAACAACUUGCAACGUAUCGCUUGUAGUCGUACGUGUAACGUACACGUGGAUAUAUAAGGGAGAUAAUUUUUCAAUUGCCGUUUUUCUUGCGCGAUUUGGUUGUUCCCAUAUCGUUCGAAAGUUUCUCUUUUCCGUUUGCUUUUUGGUCGUUGAAUGUUUUUUCAUUCUCAAUCCGAAAGUAAAGCUGCGACAGAGGAUUGAUUUUCGUAACGCGAUACCAUCAUAUCCGGUGUUUCGUAAUAUUAAGGCCGAAGGAAAAGAGGAGAGUGAAGGAAAUAAAAAUAAAGAGAAUCGAAGGGUAGAGAGAAAGGAGAAAGAAAAAAAUAUAUAAUAAGAAGAGAAAAGUAUCAAUUUUCUCGCUCGAAAUACGCACGCACGUAUACAGUGUGUACGCGUACGUGUAUACGGCGCGUGUAUAUGAUACGGUACAAGAGGUAUCGAAUUAACGAAAUUACCGGAGGGCCCUUUGGGGCAGAAAGAGAAAAAAUAAAGUAAAGAACUAAUGAAGAGUUAUUUUUGACGUUAUUGAUCGAUGGAUCGAUCGUAUGAUUGAAAAAACUGCAGGUGCUCCGACCCUGAAACCGCGAUGAGAUGAUGCGUCAAUCACACGAAUCGGUGUGAAGUUGAUGAAGAAAAAAAAUUAAUAGAAAAAAAAAAAAUAACUACAUCGCGCUAACGAGUAUACGAUUACGCAAAAUUUAUCCGCGUUUAUGAAAAUUGUUCGGAAGUGAUUUCAAAGUAUUCGCAAAGAUUGGGAAAAAUAAAGGAGGUUGAUUUUAUUGAAAGUUUCUUCUUUUUUCUUUUUGAUAUUUUCUCGUGAUUCGUUUAUAAUAUAGAAAAAGUAUAACCACGAUGAACUGUAAAACAAAAACUUGGAUAACAUCGUCGUCGUCAUCGUCAGCCGACAGACUUAUAGACAACUCACAUGGGGGUAACGACGAAGCUGCAGGGCGUACGGUUAUCGGAUAUGCGGGGGCGAGGGGAUAAGUGAUCCGAAUCGGUUUGUUUUUUUCUUCCCUCCAUUUUUUUUUUGGAGAGAAAAAGAAGAAGAUAAGAUGAAACCCUUGUCCACAUCGUACACGAAUAUUGUCGGGAUUACGAUCGUUCGCGUGUCGCGUGAUACACGCGUGUCCUGUGCGUAGAGUGAAAAAUUGAAAGGGGGGGGGGUGAAAUAAAAUCCUCAGUAAUAAAAGGGACGUAAAAGAGAGAAAGUUAGCGCGGUUUUUCCGUAAAAAGUAACAGUAAUGUCGAUGAAGAGGUUAGCGGUUCUGGCUGCGGUACAAACGGCUCAGUACGCUCAUAACGGUACGGUAACCUCCUCAUCGUCCGGUGGUGGUACCUACGUCAUCCAAGGUUACAACAUGUCCACAACCGGAGGGGGUGGAGGAAGAACCGGUCGUUACGAGACGGACCUCCAUGGCAACGUCAACAUUUUACUCGGAGGAGCGAUGCUGAGCGGCGUUGUUAUAGUGGUGGUUUUAGUUUGCUACUGCUGUCACAGAAACAUAAGGAAACAUCAACCCCAAGAAUAUUCUCAAUAUUGGCGCGCCGAGCCCGAUGUCCAUAGUUUAGAAGUAUUCACAAUGGAUUCCCACGCUAUGUGUUACGAGCGCGCCGGUGUCACGAUACAAGAUGACGUAAUAUUGGCCCCAGCAUCAGCGGUGAUACCCCGUCCCGUGACACCUGGACCACCGCCGGCUUACGAAAGUUUAAUUUUUAAUCCCGAAAGUUUACCAUCACCCAGUGAAAAGAAGGAAACUACGCCGACUACACCCGUGUUAAGCAACGCUGUGCCUGCACCUCCACAUCCUCCGAGUCAGCUCCUUUCGCCGAUGGUAUUAAACUCUCCAGAAGUCACAAUGGCCGCUGCCCGCGCCCCUGUUGCCGCCGAACUUUCCAAAGAAGAGGAAUCGCGUCGCGACGACGAAGGACUUCCUUCGUACGAGGCUGCCUUAAAAUUGGAGGCUAACGGAUACGUGUGAAUACACCCGAUUAAUUACAAGCCUACAAGAGAAUAGGGGUGGGUGUAUGAAUCGAUACGAAAACAAUAAAUGGCGCAUUCCAAUGAUGAUCGUAAAACAAGGUAGAAUAACGUAAGUUAUGUAUACGUACGUCGCGUUAUUAGGUGUGAUGAACGUCGAUGCUUUUUUCAUGAAAUUUUUCAUGCUUUCGAUCGUGUAUAAUUGUUUAAAAUGUGUAUUUAGGUAUUACGUAUUUUCAUUCACACGUAUACCCGCGUAGGUAAAUGGUGAAUAAAUUAACGCGGCCUAUUACUAUGUGUACAUGUAGUAUAUGAAUAGUAUUAUAAUUGCCUACAUAUGUAUACAUAUUAGGUGCGAUGCAGAAAUGAUGCGAGAAAAGAAUUAUAUACAUGCGUUAUAGGUAUAUAUGUAUAGAGAAUUAUUAAAUCGUGUUACGAAAAAGAUUAAAAUAACAAAAGUAAAAUACAGGAGAAUUUAUAUAGACUUGAUUAAUAAGGUGUGUCUACUGAGUAAAAAAAUUAAAUGAACAAAUGAAUAAUAAUGCAGAAGAAAAUGGCGACAAAUAUUUUAACGAAUUGUCGCUCAAGCGUUAGCGAGAUUUGGACAAGAUUUUUGUUAUAAAUGUAUUAUGCUAUAAACUGCAGCAUUUACAUAAGUGCAGUAUGUAACGCCUGAUGACUCUAGUAUUCAUUUAACGCGUAUAAUUUUCAAAUGAAGCGAAAUAUUAUAGUUUUUAUUCUGAA